AAAAUAAAAUUCUUUAGACAUAACAUCCCAAAAACAGCUCCAUACGGUUUUGGCAAUAGUUUCUUACACAGCCAAGGUCGAAAUUAGCGAUUGAGCGAAAAAAUACACUUAUACACGCGCACUCGACGUUUGGUCGUAAAAAUGGUCAAAACAUUUAAUUUCUGCCAGUAGCAGUACUUAGUGUGCGUACAAGCUUAUCAGCACGCAGCGACUUUGGCACUGGGCAAGAAAUAGAUAAGAAAACGAUUAGAAUUGGCGAUAACGAUGGGCAUUGAUUUUUGGCUAACCAAAUGGGUUCAUGUCAUUCAUUUCAUUGCCACAGGGCAGUCAACAAGUGACAACUACAAUUGAUCAUUCUUAGCGAAUACUGUGUAAACAUUGUUUUUUGUUCACAUUAGUUGUUCUCUUUGAGCAGAUAAAGCGAUCAAGAUUUUUUUUAAGAGGAAACGGGGUUUUUCGAACCGUUCGUGACCAAACUGCCACGGAAAUGGGAUUGCUCUAUCAUAAAAGUAUUGCUGUUACAUGUGGUACCAAAGAGAAGAAGAGGAACGCUGUAUGAAAGAUAGUAUGGAAUUGUCGCAGAUGUGUAAGUGUUAACUUGGAGUGGACGGCUAAUCGAAAACAUUGAUGGUUAUUUAAGAGUUGUGUAGAAUGUGAAUACUUGUUGAAACACCUACAAUGGAAGCAUCAAGGAGAAACUACAAGAAAAAUCCCGGAUCCGGUACGGAAGGGUACCUGAAUCAGCUCCGACUAUCGACAUUAUAUUUUUCCCGCCUAGCUGCGAGUGGCAAACGUUUUGAGAUAGGAGUGGAAGUGGCCGUGGCCGGAAAAUUCGAUGACAUCGUUAUGCACUUGUUGGAUGAAAACCAAUAUUGCUUGGUACAGGCCAAACACAAGCAAGAUGAAUCGAAGCGCAUCAUUCUGGACGAUCUGCUGAAAACAACCACAGAAUACAGUUUGCCGAAGUAUUUCGAUUCAUUUCUGGUGCUAAAACAGGAGGAGUUGUUUCAGGCUGGACGAUUGAGGUAUAUUGUUAUCUACACCAACCUCAAGGUGGACGAGAACGUCAUGAAAGUUAUCGAACCGGUAGAGCCAGCCACGGAUAUUUUUCUUCAUACGCUGAACGUACGCUGCAGAGGUAAAGAAUCGUCGCUGUAUCGUUUCAAUACAAACUGUACUGAGUUCAUUGAGCAGCUAAUUGAUCGCAUUUCCCCCAUCUGCGAGGUUGCCCGAAAGCUGGCAGAGCAGUUGGUGCAGCGGAAGAAAAUUUCUAUAAACCCAAAUGGAAUAUUUCACGAAUUUCAUGCUCUACUCAUACGUGACGUAUUUGACUUGGAACGGCAGCUUUUUCGUGAAUCGUUUCUUGUGGCUGUGGAAGGCAUAGAUCCUUGUGUGUUAAAAUUUCGCUAUUUACUUGAACGAACGCUGCGCUCUAUCACGAAGAGUGAUGAUUUCUCAAUCACCGAGCUCAAUCGAUUAAUCGUUAGUGGUAAGCUGAAGUUGUUGUUUGAACCAGGAUUCUUAUGCAGAGCGGUUAAUAAAACAAAACCUGCCAAGGAUUGGAUAGACUAUAGAGUACAACGGACAGAAGUGGAACAGUUUUUCGACCAUCUCUUACUAGCUACAGAUCAGCCGAAUUUUAUUGAGCUGGAGGCAAUCACAAAAGUGGAAGUGUUUGGUUUGAAGGAACAAGUGGACGAAUAUAUGCGUGCUGUGUUCGAUCAGGUAGAUCGAUGGAUACGAGAUUCGGAAGGACUUUUUCUCAAUGCCAACGAUUGGAGGCUUAUCUGCAGUAAUUCAAGAGCCCGUAUCGCGGGCAAGAAAUGGUUACUAAAAUCGGAAGAAUAUCAAAAGUCUAACCCCGCAUCUGGCUGCGUAUUUGAGCGAAACACACUAUUGGCGCCAAUCGAACAGUUCUUGGCUACAGUUAACCAGCACAGUAUGUUAGUAUUAGCUCCGUACAAUGCAGAAGUAAGUGCUUCAAGAGUGUUACAAGCACUGAUGACGCUGCGAGAGCAGUUCGUGGUGUUCGAUGCACACUGUUUUCACGAUUUCGAAGAUCUAGAAAGUUGUGCUUUAUUUUUGAAAAACGUGUCCAGGAAGGUGAUGGUAAUCGUGUCCAAUGACAAGUGUUGUAGUUCUGCAAUUAGAAACGUGCGGCACAAGUUUAAUGUGUUGACAAACGUGAAAAUCAUUUACGUUGCUUGUACCGUACAACAGGAAUAUUUUGCAGAGAAGCUUGAAAAUAUACAUUACGACCGAUUUGAGCUUGCAGACAUGAGUCGACAAUCACGCCAAAAACUGCUUGAAAAGAAAAUCAUACUUCAACAACGAAGCGUUCGAUUACAUGAUCUACUGUCGGAGGAGAUAGCACUGCAGUUGCUGGACAUGGAAUUUAUCUCUCAGCUGCUGAUGAAUCAAGUAGAUCCUAUAGUGUACAGUUUUAAGUAUCAAUGUCAGCUUAAAGGACAAUAUUUCAGUCGUACGCUUAUUAGCGAUCGCAGCUUAAUUGACGAAAAUGGGUUUGAUCAGCUGUUGACGAUCAAUAAAGCAGUGAUACUUUCAAAUGUGCCAGGUAUGGGUAAAACGACUUUUUUGCAAAACUUUAUUGACCGACUGUUUAGUUCACUACCAGAUCAUGUAAUCUGCCUCAUGCACCUGAAGUUCUACACCGAAACACUGGAAGAAAUCACCCAGCUAAAUGCUCGCACGAUCAGUGUCGAAGAUGCAAUACGACACGCGACAAAGUGCUUUUUUGCUGGUAGUUCUCGCCUAGGCCAGGUGCUGUUUCGCAACGCGAUCCUAAAUACUGGCAAAUUGAUCGUAUUGGUCGAUGGAUACGAUAGUGUAAUUAAUCGCUACAAAAUAUCCGUCGAAAAAGCCUCCGAGCUGUUUCUUCAAUAUCCGUUUCGUAUGCGAAACUUAUUGAUCGCAACAAGGCCACACGAAACGGAACACCUUCGAGCGUCACUACCCCAGGCAAGAGUAGUUUCACUGUUGCCAUUCGAUGAGCAUCAGUGCGUCGAGUUCCUAACUGGAUGGUGGAGCUGCAACAGUCACUUGGAGGCUACCAAUUUGUUACAGUACCUGCGACAUAGUUAUGCUGACUGGAUCGUCGGAAGUCCGUUUCAAAUCAAACUUUUGGCUGAAAUUUACCAAGAAGAUAAGACAAUCAUCGCGAACUUUGGUGCUCUACUGGAACGGUAUUUGGAGAAACAGUUUCAUGAAUCUAAUCAGCGGGCGAUACAGGUUAUGGGCAUUGGGCAACAACGCAUGGCGGCAGAAACAUUGAAACAGGCAGCUCACGAAGGCCAUUGUGAACUUGCAGCACUCUUAACCUUUUAUCCGGAGUCUAAAAUCGACAUGCCGAAGUUUGUCUUCCUGCUUGACAUUGGAUUGAUAGUGCUUGAGGAUAAUCAAAUGAGAUUUGAACAUCGUCUGUUCCAGUACUAUUUCGCUGCAGAAGCGUUAAUGAAGGGCAAACCCCUUGCUUAUGGUGCUGACCGGUUUUGGCAAAUUUUAGACGAUCCGUUUAAUAGAUAUGUGAAUAAGUUUCUUACGUACCACCUAAGCAAAUCAAAAAAUGCACACUAUCGCGAACAUUUCCGUAGGACUUCACUCACUUAAGGGCAACAUAUCUCAUCCGGUAACCGUUAAUCAAAUCAACAACAAAUGAGUACAUAAAUUUUGACCCCUCUCUCUGUCUGUACCUUCACUCGACAACUACGACAGGAUAACGUCCUUGGUUCGUAUGCCGGCAAGUGGGGUUUUGGCAUUAAAUGUUCUAUUCCGUCGUAAGGAUGAUCAAUAAAUAGUAUAAAGAAAUUUUCAUGUCCUGCUUAAUGGCAACAUCAAUCAUUUCGGAAGGAAUUUUCUAAUUACAUCGCUCUACGUGUACCGGCAAUUAGUGCACAAACGCAUACUGAGCUGAAGAGAAAAGAGAAAGAAAAAGGGAACGGAUGAGCAAAUCAUACGGUGGAAUGGAGACAGUAAGAAGUCCCACGGUGUGAACUGCUGGUAUAAUGUGUUGCAUAACUGCAAUGGAUGUACGAAGGGAUGCAGUUAUCAGUGGUAGAUGUUUGGAACCAGUUUCAUUGUUGCCAUUGGUGUGAGCUGUUCUCAUUAAGAGCAUUGUUAAAACGAUGCAGGAGUGAGAGUUUAUGCUUUGAUAAAUUAUGUCGUUGUUCAACGACAAACUGUAGGGCAUUUCUUAACAGGUAGUUAUCAUUACUUCAACACUGUCAAAUUGUGGGAAUCGUUUUGUUUUAUAUGAUUAGGCAUGAGUAGUUAGAAAAUCGAAACAACGGUAGGGAAAUUAUUAAUUAUUUUUUGCUGCGUAACGUCGUACAUACAGUAUAAUGAUGUCCAAUUCAACUAUAUAGAUACAUAGAUGCAUUAGUAGAUGUAAGUACGAUAGAGUUUAGGAAGAAAAUGAACUGGAGAUGCAAUUUUGAAAGCAAAAUGUCCGGUAGUUGUAAAACUAGUUAGUGAAUUAGUUCCGAUAUAAAAAAAUAAUAUACAAAUGUUUUUCAUGUAUGUAUGUAUUAAGUUAAAAUAUGACAUAACUAGCAUAAAUUGUUGGUAUACGCCAAAUGUUGAUAUAUGUGAGUGUAUAUAGUAAAUUUGCAAAUAUUUGAACCUCAAAUAAAUAAUGUUUUAAAUUCUAUGUAUAUAAUAAAUAAUUUUGAAAUUAAAAAGUAAUUCUAACAAGUAUAGUACAGUUUUUUUUGUGAGCAAAAUGCAUAGCAACAAUCUUUUUGUAAUCGAUAAUUACAAGGAUAAUACUAUGGCGUGAAAUAAGUUUGAUAUGCCAAACAAAUAGCGAUGGCUACAGUUGAACACUUAAAAUGACAGUAUAUUUACUAUUACAAUACUUAGUUUCAGGUUAGAGGCGUGGUGUAGCAAUAUGAGAGACUAAUUCUCUAAUAAUCGAAAAGAAAUAAUUAACCGAGAUCUAGAGGUUACAGUAAUGCCAUACAAACGAAAGUAAUCAGAAUUUAAUCGAAAAACAAAAUAUUUUAACAAAAUAUUUUUUUUAACAAAAUAUAAACCUAUAUUUUGACAAAUGCACGGUUCAUAAAAAAAAUAUACAUUGUAAUAAAAGUUGUAAAAAAUUGUAAUACUCGUGUUCAUAAAAAUACAUGUUUACGUAUAUGAUUUUCAUACUAAAGAAGGGUAAAGCAUAGAGUAGUUUUGAUCGAACAAAUAUAUUGAAUAAUUCUUACUUAGCUAUUGUUCUAAUGUACCAAUAAUUAUUAUCGUUAUCGUUCACUGUUCGUUGCUAGUAAAUUGCGGAAACCUUGUUCCCUCGUUUCUUUAUCGCUAUGUUCCUUGAACUGUUGGAAUGCAGAUCACUUUGAUGUCGGAAUAAAUAAUCAGCAAUCAUUGUUCUUUGAGUGAUACAGACGGAUGAGAAUGGUCAAAUUUUGUGUGCAAGAAGUAGGUAUACAUAACGUAGGUAUACAACAUAACGAUUUCAGCGAGCAUCUAGUUUCAAUAAAAUUUGUAUAAAUGAGAAAAAUCUAAUUAACAACUGAAUACAAAAGCACGGAGAAGCAAUAUCGGAGAAUUCAGAAUUGUUUUUUAAUUUAUCGUUUGAAAACCGUUGAUUUUGUCCACCUAUUAUAGCGUUGUUUCUGGUAUUACAAAAGGCCUACUGAAAGCAAUUCACCGGUAGAUGUGCAAAAUACAGUUUCGAGAUGGCUGUACACUGAACAAAACCAAAGGAGGCACGCCUGACUAUCGCUUUUCGUUUACUUUUGCAGUUGCACUAAGUGCUUCUUAGUCAAACAAUGGACCAAUAGCAUGGAUUAGUUGUUUUCAGUGUGCCAUCACAAGCUAUUUUCAUCAGGCUUUGAUUGCAAACUACUCACCGAUCUGAUUAAUUAUUACUCUAGCCAUACGGACUACUCAAUUGUUUCUUGAUUGUGUUCUAACUUGUUCAUUGAAAACUCUCUAAAUAGCUUUUUUUCAUUAUCCAUGAUGCUGUGAAUAUAUAGUAAUAAAGAAUCGUAUACAUAUGUAUUUCGGAAUAUACGUUUGUUUGAACCACGAAAAGGCGACGAUAAGCAAGUAAAAUACUAUUAAAAUUGCAUUGGGAAAAACAUUGGCUUGGAGGUAAAAUUUGAUAUAUGUAUGUUAUACUCAUACCACUACGAACAAACUGACGAAAACCGCAAACAUCAUUCUUACAGUGGUUAAGUCCUACACGAAGUCUUAAGAAACGUUGAAAGUUUAAAUAGCUGGAAUAGACAUUUUGGAUUGAGGUGCGGCAAGUUUCUUAGACACAUUCUA